CAGUGAUUUCCAGGGAUCAGUGCGUCGUCGCAGUCCAGGGGUGAAAAGGGAUUAUGUAUCGUUGGGUUAGUUCGUUCUUCGUACCUGCCAAUUCGUAUUUCGUGUUUCGUUGCGCGUGAGACUCGUGCGAUCCUCGAGCGAGGCACAUCGUAAUGGCCGCGACCUGACUCGGGUGGUGUGCAUGCGAGCUACCGUGUUCGCGUUACGUGAAGCAGACGAGCGGAAAAGGAGGUAGAGUAAGACAAAUACGAACAACGAGAAGAUACGACGGAGUUUAGAGUUACACGAUUUCUGUGCGUAUCGUGAGUGCGUGUGGGUGGGCGAGGCGUGAGCUCGCAACAAGAGUCUCGAGGACGACGAGCCAUGAGCGAAGAUCGAAGUGAAGAAGAUCCUUUAAUGGAUCUUUGGUAUAGCAAUUGGGAACAACAGUGCGUCGAGGCAUUGGAAACAGAGCCGGAUUACGAAACGCAACUACACAACGAAAAGGAACUCUAUUCCCAGCAGAUGUGGACGAGUUUUCAAACGACGGCGUCGGCCAUCGCCCAGCUGUACAAAGAUCGUACGCAGGGUGUCUCUCUAUGGCUACCCUUCCAGACUGCUGCAGGUACCGUCACGUCGUUGUACAAAGAUUCAAUGGACAGUAUGCGUCGAUGCAGUGAAUUGGGUGUAGAAAUGGGUCGACAAAAGCGUAGUAAAGAAAUAAUGAAUUGGGCUAGGAAGAAAAGACGUAUGAUUCGUAGAGAAGACCUAUUAGCAUAUCUUGCUGGAAAACCACCUCCACCUCGACCACAUUCGCACAGAAGUUCACCUAAGCCGAGAAUGAUGGUGUGUAGUUCGCCUCCAUCAGAAAGUUCAACACCAAAUAUGGUUGUUGCGCCAACACCAAUACCUGGUAAUGAACCUGAUCCUGAAUUACACACGUUUAGGGAAGCAAUUGCAUUAUCUGGUUCACCUAUAUCUCGGCGUUCUGGGAGACAAGCCGAAUUGUCGGCCUUUAUUAGUAGCGAAUUCGCUCGACAUCAUAAACGGCCUGCUUCGCAUGACGUGGAUAUGGGAUCUCCCACGCACAAACGGUCGCGUUUCAUGUAACGGCGCGCGAUGUGUAAAGUAGCCUCACUCCCUUGUUCCCCAUUAAUUAAUCAAUUGGUAAAUUAAUUAUUAACGGUUCAACUCCCCUACAUAGUUCUCGAUUGAACAUAAUCACUUCAAGAAGAUGGUAAUGGCUUACAUUGCCAUAUAAAACACGUUCGUAUAUUUCGAAUAACCGCUAUUAUGUAUCAAGUUUCAU